UCCUAAAUGACUCGGUCCUCCCUAUGCUAGUGCGCUUGACAUGGCUUUUAAAACAGAGGCUUAUGUACCCUAUUUAGUGCACUUUGUGUGUGAUGAGGAGUGUUUUCGGAUUUAGCCUGCAGGUCUUAGUGGCUGGCUGGAACCCACAUGAAUAACCUUUAAGGUAUUAAUGAGGUUAUUAACGAUAAAAACAGGUGAUGUGAUAAAGUUGAAUAAAUGCCGAAUGUUAAUAUUCAAACGCUUGGGAAGCGAUUAAACUUAGGACAGGUUUUAUAACGUGUAUGUUAUACAUGUUUGUAUCCAGGUAGGUAGCAGGCUCGAGUCCCAUGCGUGCUUGUAAAUAUUAGUGCGUUUCAUUCCGGAAGUGUCCAGCCAUGUCCGCUUCUAAAGUUCUGUUUCUGAGUCUGUUAAAGCACAGAGUUCCUUUAAAGCUGUGGUGGAGGAAUGUCACCACCUGGUCACCUGUUGGAGCUGCUUUCAAUGCCAAAGCUGUCAGAAGACUGGACCUGUUUCAACAAAAUGUGGGUUUGUUUGGCGUUCCUGAGCUGAGCUGCACAGAGGGAUUUGAACUGAUCCAGGAGAAAGCGCUUCAGGAGACACAGCGCCUUGUGGAGAAAGCUUGCAGCACACCACCCAGCCGUGCGACUGUGGAGACGUUCGAUAAACUCUCGGACAGUUUAUGCAGAGUGGCUGAUCUGGCAGACUUUAUCAAAGUGGCCCAUCCUGAUCCGCUCUACAGAGAAGCAGCAGAGAAAACCUGCAUACAGAUCGGUACCACAGUGGAGAAGCUGAACACAAAUGUUGAGUUGUGUAAGAGUUUAAAGAACCUGUUGGAUAAUGAAGAGGUGAUGGCUAAACUGGAUCCAGAAACAAGGAGAGUAGCCGAGCUGUUCAUGUUUGACUUUGAGAUAAGCGGGAUUCACCUGGAUGAGAAACAGAGGAAGGAAGCAGUCAAGUUGAAUGUUCAGCUGUUGGAUCUCAAUAAUCAGUUUCUUAUGGGCUGCUACAUGCCAAACCGAAUAGACAUGAGAGCUCUCCCUAAACACAUCCUCCAGCAAUUUACCAAUGAAGGGAAAUACAUACAGAUUGGGGGACUGCAUGCUGAUGCACCUGAUGAUCUGGUUCGGGAAGUUGCUUACAGGGUUUUCCUGUACCCAAAUGAAGAUAUGAUGCACACCCUUGAGGAAUUGCUGUCUUGUAGACAUAAACUGGCUCAGCUGGUCGGCUAUGAAUCUUAUGCGCACAGGGCAUUAAAAGGGGCCAUGGCCAAAAGCCCAGACACUGUGAUGAACUUCUUGCAGCUUUUGACAGACAAACUCAAAGACAGGACAGAAAAAGACUUUCAAAUGAUGAGAGAUAUGAAGACCAGAUUCAAUCCCAGGAAUCCAGAUCUUAUGCCAUGGGAUCACCCCUAUCUGAGUGGUGUGGUACGUGCUGAGAGGUUUAACAUUGAGCCAAGCCUAUACAGCCCUUAUUUUUCACUCGGAGCCUGCAUGGAAGGUCUGAACAGUGUUUUUACACAGCUCUUUGGUGUAUCACUUUUGGCUGAACAGCCUUGUGUGGGAGAAGUGUGGAGUGAGGAUGUACGCAAACUGGCAGUGGUACACGAAUCUGAAGGGUUGCUGGGAUACAUUUACUGUGACUUCUUCUAUAGACCAGAAAAACCUCAUCAGGAUUGCCAUUUUACUAUCCGUGGAGGGCGGCAGUUAGAUGAUGGGCAGUACCAGUUACCGGUGGUGGUGCUCAUGCUGAACCUCCCUCACCCUUCCAAGAGUGCACCUACUCUCCUCACACCAGCCAUGAUGGAGAACCUCUUCCAUGAAAUGGGUCACGCCAUGCACUCGAUGCUUGCACGCACAUACUACCAGCAUGUUACUGGAACAAGGUGUGCCACUGAUUUUGCUGAGGUGCCCUCUAUUCUAAUGGAAUACUUUGCCACUGAUUAUCGUGUAAUCAACCAGUUUGCUCGCCACUAUCAGACAGGACAGCCUUUGCCCGAGAGCAUGGUAGCACGACUUUGCGAAUCCAAGAAAGUCUGUGGUGCUGCUGACACUCAACUUCAGGUUUUCUAUGCAGCCCUGGACCAGGUUUAUCACGGCAAACCCCAAAGACUAUCAACAACCGAUAUCCUGAUAGACAUGCAACAGAAAUACUACGGCUUACCUUAUGUUCCCAACACAGCGUGGCAGCUGAGAUUCAGUCACCUCAUUGGCUAUGGGGCCAAGUACUACUCUUACCUGAUGUCUCGAGCUGUAGCCUCCAUGGUGUGGAGACAGUGCUUCCAUAAGGACCCCUUAAACAGGGAAACUGGAGAACGCUACCGGCGAGAGAUGCUGGCUCAUGGGGGAGGGAAGGAGCCCAUGCUGCUGGUGGAAGGUAUGUUGCAGAAAAGACCGUCCAUCGAGGAUUUUGUCGAUGCCCUGGUCUCUGACCUGGACCCAGAUUUUGAGACAUUCUUCAUGGACUCAGAAGGAUAAAGCCCUUAUCUCUCAAAGCCUCCUGUUAAUAAAAAGGAAGGUCCUCGUACUCACCUCAGGCCGUCUCGGGAAGGAGUGAUGCGCUAGGGUCACAUACCUACACACACACACACACACACACAGUGAGGCUGCAGUCCAUUCUGAAGUGAUUUCAAGUUACAGCUUCCACAGUGAGAUCUCUCAGUAGGAUCCUUCUCUGGAAGUGUUGAAGGCCACUAGGAACACUUUAAAAAAAAAAAAAAGCCAAAGCAUUUUACACUGACCGGUAUUAAGCUGACUAAGCAGAGAUGCCAUUUAAUUUACCAUUUACAAUGUUGCAUUUAGCAAUUCAAAAGUUGUUGUUACCUGAGGCAGCAAUAAAAACACAGAACAUAAA